AUCACCCUUAACGAGGCGACAGGAGGCAGAGAGGGAAACCGAGUUGUGGUUUUUUUUCGAAUUCCUAGAAGGAUAUCCAAUUGUCUGAUCUGGACGAUUCUUUCAAGUUGGACUGAACCUUGGAAUCCGUCAGCCAGGCGUUUCGUCCGUAACUAACUGGGCGAGUUAAGGUUCACGGCUCCAGCGCGAGAGUGUCGACUAAAUCCGGAGCUUCUCAGCCACGACCGUUUGCUCAGCCAUGCUCAUCUGAAUACACCUUUCAGCGACGAUGAAAACACUGCACGACGCUGGACUCGACUAAGAUCCUCACUUUUAUGAAAUUCUACAUAGAGACCAGUGGGGAGACACCGCUUGUCGGAGGCCUCCCAUUUGUUCCGGUAACAGAUGGAGAGCAAUGCGAGUGAAUCCCCUUCCGCAUCCUCCCCAAAUGGUCUCAAGAUCUUCACCAGGCCCAAGCGAAGCCGGACCACCCUGAACGAAAUAGACCACCCAUACGCGUCCGAUCAAAGCUCGAGGACCCCCUCUCUCGACAUCCGCCCCUCGACGAGCCAUGGCAGCAGCGUGGCACCAACUGGGCUCGCGAAGUUCAUCCCUGGAGCGAAGAGGCGACAGCGGAGGAAGACAAAGGGGGCCAAUAAUGAAAGUUUGAUUGACUUGAAUAGCGAGAUUUCGGGGGAAUCUCGAGUCUCUCUGCCGGCUCUAGAGGUAAAUGGGGAACGUCACAGGCCGAUUACCGACCCCAGCCUUCUCAUGGAUGACCCGGAGUUUGGAGCAGGUCCUCCUACCGCUCCACAUAAACUACAUGCCGAUGGGCCUCGAACAUCGCCGCUUAUUACAGUAUCCGACCCAUCAAUUCGUGAAGGACACCACGAUACGCAAGGCGGAAGUUCGGCUGCGAAUUCUGAAACGGCCUCUGACAAUUUGAACUUAGCCAUACUGCGUUCGACCGCCGUUGGAGUCCCGGCGCAUUCACCCACAAAAGAAAAUGUGGGUUCGUCGACAGGGCGGAAGCUGAGAAGUGCCUUCAACCCUCGUUCUCCGAAUAGAAGCUCGAAUACCAGCCCGGACCGGGGGUCUUCAAAAUCGUCGGGAAGCAAGGCCGGAAAGGGGUUUUUGGGCUCUGCGGUUAGGACGACAAGCUUUUCUUCAAAGAAAAACAAGAAGAGCCCAGAAGAUAUCCCGCCGCUGCCAGCUCCUCCUAAGCUUCCUGAGGAUACUGUCUCUAAAAACAACCGACAUUUACCUCCCCUCGACACGACGCCCAGCACGCCCCCCCUUGGCCAUAAGCCUCUACCGGUCAAGACAACCGUCACUCCUCCAACUCCAACAAACCCCCGAUUGCAGGAAAACAAUGCCGAGCUUGUCCAUUCUCCCGAGUCCAUGACAAACCCUUCCUCACUCCCACCCAAUGCUGUUCUCAGCCCCUCUGGUAAUAUGAUAUCUCACCGGCGUGUGCGAUCAGCAUCCGCGGCCCAUCCUCCAAGUAAACUAUCCAGCUCAAUGACAAUACCUUCAACACCUUCUAUAGACGAAAAGAGUACAACCCCAGGCUCGCGGAAUGGCCAGGGCAAUUCUGCCGGGGGUGGUUUCUUUUCCUCGAUGUUCUCCGCCGCGCAAAAUGCAGCCUCAACUCUUUCCAUUGGCUUGAAUCAGGGACGAGCCCGUAACGCGUCGGAUCCCGGGGAGGCUGAAAAGCAACCCACGCCAGACCAGCCCGAGAAUAGGUCACGGUCGUCGUCAGUCCGUGAUACCGAGGUUGAAGAGAAGAAAGAACAGGCGAUAGAUACCCUUGGCAUGGGUAAUUUGGAUUUCAGCCACCUUGGGAUAGACCCAUCAGCGGGCAAUCAGGUAACCACACCUGAUGGUGUAGUUUUCACAAAGACCGAUCAGGGUCACCGUUCACGGGGGAGUACAGUGUCGGAGCGGGAUGAGCUAGCAGCGAGGAUAGAGGAUCUGAGGGCUGCUCGAGCCGUAUCGAUGGCGUAUGAGAAAACUCCUCAUAGCGCAAGCUUCCCGGCUUCCAUCGCUGAAGAUAACCAACUGGAUAGUCGUGCGAGUGCGCCAUUUUCUGGUCUCGGUAAAGGAGGAAGUGGUGGUGAGCGCACGCCACCCACGGCGAGUAUCGUUGAUGGCGACAUUUCUGAACGCGUUAUGCGGAGUGGGAGUUUGCGAAGCCGUCGUGGUAUUCGUAGGAAACGUGGAUCUUCAGCGGCUACCUCCACGACCAUUGGGGCAAUUGGGGCCGCGUUAGGUAUGCCAGGAGCCCACUUAAGCACUCCUCGCUUAACAGGCUUUGCUGUGGCUAGCAAGAAGAGAAAUCGAGACUUUCAUCAACUGUUCAGGAGUGUCCCGGAAGAUGACUAUUUGAUUGAAGACUACAGCUGCGCGCUUCAACGAGAAAUCAUCUUGGCUGGCCGGAUCUACAUAUCAGAGGGUCAUAUUUGUUUCUCUAGCAAUAUUCUCGGCUGGGUUACUACAUUGGUGAUUGGAUUCGACGAGAUAGUGGCCAUUGAAAAGGAGUCGACGGCUAUGGUGUUUCCUAACGCUAUUGCUAUUCAAACCCUUCACGCGCGUCACAUUUUUCGCAGCCUGCUCAGCAGGGACUCAACGUAUGAUCUCAUGGUAAACAUCUGGAGAAUCAACCAUCCCACGCUCAAAAGUUCUGUCAAUGGAGCACAGAUUGAACAAGGAACCGGUGAUAAGACAGAAAAGGCUGAACUUAGUGACGAUGAUAACGCUUCUAUCUCCGACGGCGAAGAGGUUUAUGAUGAAGAUGAAGAGGGUGGAGUGGCUGGCAUCAUGGAAAAUGUUGACAGCUUGGCUACUAGUGACAUUUCGGAGCCGAGAAAACGCGUGGCUCGAAAACCGUCGACAAUGCUGGUAUCUACGGGUAUUUCAUCCCAGGCAGUCUCCGUAGCGGCUGGUGAUGAAUCCAAAACUGGAACUAAGUCUGGGACUUCGACGGAUGUGUCCGCGCAAUUUCCCGGUCCGAAGACUCAUGCGCCCACUGAAUUCACGGACCCUUCCGGACGUUACGAUAAAGUCGUCAAAGACGAAACAAUUCCAGCCCCCUUGGGUCAAGUUUAUUCUCUAGUAUUCGGAGCAGCUUCUACUUCAUUCAUUUCGAAGUUCCUCGUUGAAUACGAGAAAGUGCUGGAUCUGCAGUUCGAAGGCGACAAGAAAGGUCUGACAGAAGAGACCAAAACCAGAUCGUACACCUACAUCAAACCCCUGAAUUCGUCCAUAGGCCCAAAACAGACGAAAUGUAUCAGUGUCGAGCAGUUGGACUUCUUUGAUUUGGAGAAAGCCGUGCUAGUAACCCUUACAACCCAAACUCCAGAUGUCCCGAACGGUAACGUGUUUUCCGUUAAGACGAAGUACCUCUUUACCUGGGCGCCAGGAAAUUCAACUCGUUUUCUCAUGUCUUGUGUUGUGGAAUGGACGGGGAGAAGUUGGAUCAAAGGUCCUAUUGAAAAAGGCGCUAAUGACGGUCAGCUCGGCUACGGGACUAAUUUAAUAAAAGCUCUCAAGGCCGGAAUCGCUCCUAAGGCUCGCAAGUUAACUCCUAAAGGUACUACGAAGAGUAAAAUCAAACGCACGAAAACAACUACUUCUGAAUUGGAUGCGAGCAAUGGCGGAGCCUCCAAAGCCGAUAGGGCCGGAGCUACCAGUUGGGGCCUGUUUGAACCAUUCCGAGGUCCGCUUUCUCCAAUCGUUGAUAUAUUCAAACCGUUUUGGAGCUCCAAUGUGGCUGCUGUACUCGUGUGCAGCCUUCUACUCAUGAUGUGGUUACGUACCCCACCGACUUCUUCCAUAAGGUCACACGGCAUUGCUCCCCACCAUCUCUCCGUGCCUGAGAGACUACUUGCCUACGACGAAUUGUGGGCUAAAGAAGAAAGCGAUUUGUGGGAUUGGUUAGAGGACCGUGUUGGGAUGGACGGUUUGGCUAUACCGGCAGCCGGUAUAGAAAAUGGCAAUUCAAAACAGCGGCGCAAACGAGUUCACAAGGACGCAGAAGCUCGCCUACGAGACGAAAGAAUGUCAGAACGUGAGAUUGUAGAUGCUAUUCGUGUGACGCAGAAACGGCUAGAGACUCUUCAACAAGUCAUUGACAGACGGAAGCUUGACCGACAGCGAGGCGAAAGUGAAGAUCGUGCGGCUAAAAACUAAAGGCCUUUAAAAGUUUGUGACCACGGUCGUUUUUUCACCGGCCAGUGACUCUUGUUGACAUGGGACAACCAUGUCUGUGUUGAUAUAUUUCCCUGGAAGCGAGCCCUUACUCUUCUACCAAGAUUGGUAGGAGUUUCGUUUUCUUUUCCUCUUCAAAAACAAGCAUUCUCUUGAAUUUUGUUUCUUUUCCAUUUGUCCUCUUUACUUACGAGGCGUCUCGGGUAACAGAAGGCGUUCCAAGUCUACGUGAGCGUUUCCUUUCUCUCUUCAUCAGCUGUACGUAUACGAAACGACAUGCCAGCUGCAUUUUCCACUUUCAUAUGUUUCUACACCACCACGAGCUGUUUCCUUCUGCUGCUCCUCUAAACAACCCUGGACUAAGUUGCUCCGUGUGACAGGUCCUUGAUACUCUCGUUUGUGCGUCUUUCUAUUUACCACAUGCUGACGCCAUCUCCUUUUUGUACUCUAUCCUUUGCUUUUGCCUUCUAGCGUGUUUCUCGUAUAUAAACUUGGCGGUAUAUAGGCUCUGCGGAAAUUAGAUUCAUCGUGUUUGUG